ACAGCGCAGUGCUGCUGCCCUCCCUCCCUUCCUCUCACUCCCUCGCUCUCGUCCUACAUGAGCUGCGCGCACACUGAGCCUGACUCUAAACUCCACACGUUUUCAGACCCCGACGCUCACACUCUGUUCAUGCACUGCUCUGUUCCCCUCCACUGGAUAUUUUUUUCUUGAGGUGUUUUUUUUGUUUGUUUUGUUCCCCUUCUUCUCUUUCCUCUUCUUAUUUUUAUUUUUUUCUGAAUGGGCAUCAGUGCCCAGAGCGAGGAGCUUUUGAAUGGACUGACCUGCUUGACAGCUGGGCAAAAAAAGAGAGAAAGAAAGCGCGGCAGCUGCAAUUCAGUUUAAGAGAGGGAUGCUGAGAGGUCAAGUGAGGAGCAGCGGAGCCUCUUAGUAGUCUGGAAAUACAAAGACACGUGAGGGGAAUCGUGAAAGCUGAAAGAAGACACAGAGGGAGGAGGAUGGUUCAUCACAGAGCGGAGGACCUGAUUGGGAUCCCUUUCCCAAACCACAGCAGCGAUGUCCUCUGCAGCCUCAAUGAGCAGCGGCGAGACGGGCUGCUCUGUGACGUCGUCCUCAUUGUCCGUGACCAGGAGUACCGCACCCACCGCUCCGUUCUAGCUGCCUGUAGCCAGUAUUUUAAGAAGCUCUUUACCGUUGCAACCACAGAUGGUGGAGACCCCCAUCAUGUCGCUGCUGUGUAUGAAAUCGACUUUGUAGCUCCAGAGUCCCUCACAGCCAUUCUCGAGUUUGCCUACACAUCUACCCUGACAGUGACCGCCUCCAACGUCAAGGAGAUCCUGACCGCGGCACAGAUGCUCGAGAUCCCCUGCAUCAUCAACGUAUGCCUAGAGAUCAUGGACAGCGGAGAUGGAGGUGGAGGAGGUGGCAGAGAUGGAAAGGAGGACGAAGAAGAGGAGGAUGAAGAGGACGAGGAGGAAGAUGAGGAAGAGGAGGAUGAGGAGGAAGACAUGGGCUCCAGGAAGGAUGAGCAGGAGGAGGAGGAGGACAACGUCAGUGAGAGAUCUAUGCAGUCGUUGGAGAGCAGAGGCGAGCAGACGCCUCUGGGGACAGAGGACUCUUCUCCUCCCAGCACCUCCACUUAUCAAGGACAGUUGGACCAACUGUCCCAGUCACAAUCUCCAGACAACAGGGGUAAACAGGAGAGUAUGGAGAGUCGGGCCCUCAAGGAUUUCUCCAUUGAGUCUCUUCUCCAGGAAGGGCUCUAUCCCCGGAUGUCGGCACUUGACCGGAGGGCCAACUUCUCUCCUCUCAUGCCUGGCUUCUACCCCUCUAUGUGGGCUACAGAGUUCCCAUCUUUCCCCCAGCAGCUCCUGAAUCCUGCGCAUCCCCACACUGCAUCCUCGCCACAAACACGGUUGCCUCACACCUUCCCAACCUCCUCGCUUCUCGAGCCCUCGAGGCCCCUCAAUCUAGCUGUGAAAAGAGAAAUCAUCAAGGAGGAAAUAAAGGAAGAAGUCCCUCCCAGUCUGCUCCAAGGCGACUUCCUGAAAGAAUUCGUCAGCUCGGGUUUGGGAGGCACCAUCAAUGCCGGCUCAGCGUCGUCAGAGAGUCACAUCAAGGACGAGGCAGACAUCAGGUCAUACCUGAGCUUCCUGAGCUCAGCAUCCCACCUGGGGGCGCUGUUCCCACCCUGGCAGCUGGAGGAGGAGAGGAAGAUGAAACCCAAAGCCUCGCAACAGUGUCCCAUCUGCAACAAAGUCAUCCAAGGAGCCGGGAAACUGCCGCGACACAUGAGGACGCAUACGGGGGAGAAACCUUACAUGUGCACAAUCUGUGAAGUGCGAUUCACAAGGCAGGACAAACUGAAGAUUCACAUGCGGAAGCACACAGGUGAGCGUCCCUACAUCUGCCUUCACUGUAACUCCAAGUUUGUCCACAACUACGACCUGAAGAACCACCUGCGCAUCCACACUGGUGUCCGUCCCUACCAGUGCGAGCACUGCUACAAGAGCUUCACGCGCUCCGACCACCUCCACCGACACAUCAAGAGGCAGAGCUGUCGCAUCUCGCGUCCCCGACGAGGAAGGAAGCCGUCGGCCUGGAGGUCCGCGCCCACGGCUGGCUUCCUGUGCCCUCCCACAGUGUCGGCCGCUCAGGUGGAGGAGAAUGGGCUGAGUCCCGCGUACCAAGGGGUUAAGAACCACGGACUGGGGGAGCUCCUCGGCCUCAGUGGUAGAGGUUUAGGGUUUAAGAGUGUGGACGGCUCGGUCAGGGAGAGCAGGGAGGAACGGCAAGCAGAAGGAAGGCAAGUCGCGGGGGAGCAGAAGGCUGGAGCUUUGAGGCAGAGAGGAGUGUUUGCCUUUGCCCUAGCUGGAGAAGAAAUGCUUACCCACUCUCCAUUUUACGCUGCAACCGCUGACCCAUGGACCAUGAGACUGGAGCGUGCUCCACCCAUCCCCGAGUCGGCAAAAUGAACUCUAAUCUGUAGAGUAAAAAUAAGCACAAGAAAAUCUCUUUAAUUUCUGUGUCUAUUCUGCUCCAGGAAGCUAAAGCACCUUUUAUAAAAAGGAAAAAGUGAACUUUGUGAAGCCUGCUGAUGUGGCAGUGGUAAAGCUGUUUUUUUUUUUCUUCAUACGGUCCAAUUAAGUUAUGAAAUAGUUGUUCAAACCCAUGAAUGUUUACAUAUAUCUCCAAAGCAUUUGAUAAUCCUGUAAAAUGGUGUUUCCUUAUAUGCAAAACAGUACACGACACAGAUCUGCCACAAAACGAGGAAAAACAAGAUUUGACAGAUUUCAAGCAUUUUUGCUAAAAAAAAAAAAAGGAUGUACAGCAGGAAAUUUAAGUUCGAAUCAAUAAAAGUCUUUUUUCAUAAUAAUUGUGUUUACAUGGUUGAAAUAACCAGAGCUUACAUAAUUAGUUUGUCCAUUUUUUUUCUUAUAUAUAUAAAAAAAGGAAAAUCACAAAUAAAACCACUUGAAGACUAAAUCAGGACACUUAAGGAUAUUUAUGGGUUGUUAUCUUCCGCUGCCUUGUUCUGAUUUAAGCUCCUCAUCUGCACUAUUGUACAUAAAACCUCUGGCCGUGGUGGUGUUAAUUACGGUGAUGUGGCUGAUGAUGUAAAAUAAUCGUUAUUAAAAAAACAGAAUAUAUAUGUAUAUUGCUCUUUACAGACUGAGAAAUUCAUCCAAAGAUGAGUACUUUGAUAUCUGACUUGAAUACAACUCUGUUUUAAUAUUUAGAAAUAUGUAUAUCUUUGGAUGCCAUACAAAUCUGCCUAAUCUACAGCCGCUUUAGCUACAAGAGUAUGCUUGUGUUUUUUUGCUCUGGUACAACUAUUCAGCGGGAACUUUGGCCCAAAUUUUUUUCAUGCAAUGUUCAUCUCUGAUUUGCGCACUGAUGAGUGCAAGAAUUAUUUGAACUGAAAUGGGAAAGUAUUUUCUUGCUAUUUAUGUGUAUUUAAAUGAAUGAGCCUUGGCUAUAUUUUGCAAAUCUGUUUUAUAAAGACACUAAAUGUUGACCUUCA